AUGUCGGACAGAACAAUGGCGCGGCAAGUACUGCUGUUUAUUUGUCUCGUCUCUCUCAGUUCAGUGCGCGGACAGGUCAGUUACUCCAUUCCCGAGGAAAUGCCCAAAGGAUCUUUAGUCGGUAACAUAGCGCAGGAUUUAGGUUUAGAUUUAAAGAGACUGAAAUCAGGAAAAGCUCGUAUUUAUACUGGAGACAGCGCUGAAUACAUCGAGCUGAAUAAAGAGAGGGGAGUCCUCCUUAUCAAAGAGAGAAUAGACCGAGAAGCGCUGUGCGCACAGACAACGCCUUGUGCUCUACAUUUUCAGAUCAUUUUAGAGAAUCCAAUGGAGUUUUAUAGUGUCACUGUCGAGAUUAUGGAUGUAAACGACAACUCUCCUUCGUUCAAAAGGGCUGAAAUGCAAUUCAGAAUUAGUGAGUCAGCUGUACCGGGAGCGAAAUUUGUUUUAGAAAGAGCCGUGGACCCGGAUGUUGGCGUUAAUGGUCUUCAGAGUUAUUCUCUGAACCCUACGGAUAAUUUUUCACUAAAAGUGCAAAAUCAGCCAGAUGGUAAUAAAAUGGUUGAAAUGAUUCUUCAAAAGCCCCUUGAUCGUGAAAAGCAGGAGCAGUUGUCCCUCGUACUAAUAGCAGUAGACGGAGGCGAUCCGCGUCUAUCUGGCACUGCGCAGAUAAAUAUCAUUGUUUUAGAUGCUAAUGAUAAUUCACCUGUUUUCACACAAGAAGUAUAUAAAACCACUAUUACAGAGAAUUCACCAAAAGGCACCGUUGUUACAACAGUAAGUGCGACGGAUGCUGACAAAGGUUCUAAUAGUGAAAUAAUAUAUUCAAUUACAAGCACUGACGACACUAUGCCUGAAUUGUUUGAAAUAAAUGAGUUAACCGGUGAGGUUAAAGUUGCUGGAAAUCUAGAUUAUGAAAAGGCUCAUCACUAUCAAGUUCACAUACAGGCAACUGAUGAUGGAGGUUUAACUGAUUCGUGUAAAAUCGUUGUAGAUUUAAUUGAUGUAAAUGAUAACACGCCAGUUAUAAAUAUAAUGAGUAAACUUAAUAUCAUAUCUGAAGACUCAAAGUUAGACACUGUUGUAACAAUGAUAAACGUUCAAGAUCCAGACUCUGGUGAAAAUGGUAAAGUCCAUUGUUCGUUAAACACAAAUGUUCCAUUCACGCUGAAAUCGACCACAAAUAAUUUCUUCAGUUUAGUCACAGAUAACAAUUUAGACCGAGAGAGAGAGUCUGGAUAUAAUAUCAGUGUGAUCUGCGCUGAUGAGGGGUCUCCAUCUCUCUCCAGCAGCGUCACUCUCUCCUUACAGAUAUCAGAUGUGAAUGAUAACGCUCCUGUGUUUGAGAGGAGCUCAUAUGAGGCCUCCAUUCCAGAAAAUAACACACCAGGUCUCUCCAUAUUCACAGUCAGAGCCAAAGACGCAGACUGGAACCAGAAUGCUCGAGUCUCCUACAUACUGGAGGACUCGUCGGUUAACGGAGUGCCCAUCUCCUCUUACGUAUCUGUCAGUGCUGAUAGCGGCGUUAUCCAUGCAGUGCGCUCUUUUGACUACGAGCAGAUCAAAGAUUUCCAGUUCCGCGUAAUAGCGCAAGAUGGAGGCUCCCCUCCUCUCAGUAGCAACGUGAGUGUAAAGAUCAUCAUUCAGGACCAGAACGACAACGCGCCUCAGGUUCUGUACCCAGUCCAGACUGGAGGCUCUGUGGUGGCUGAAAUGGUGCCUCGCUCAGCAGAUGUGGGCUAUCUUGUGACUAAAGUGGUGGCUGUUGAUGUGGACUCUGGACAGAAUGCCUGGCUCUCAUAUAAACUGCAGAAAGCCACAGACAGGGCGCUGUUUGAAGUGGGCGCACAGAAUGGAGAAAUAAGAACUGUGCGCCAAGUGACCGAUAAAGAUGCUGUGAAGCAGAAGCUCACUGUUGUAGUGGAGGACAACGGGCAGCCCUCUCGUUCAGCUACGGUCAAUAUUAACGUGGCGGUGGCGGACAGUUUCCCUGAAGUGCUCUCGGAGUUCACUGACUUUACGCACGACAAGGAUUACAACGACAACCUGACUUUCUAUCUAGUCUUGGCCUUGGCUGUAGUUUCAUUUCUCUUUAUCGUCUCCAUCAUAGCCAUACUGUCAGUCAAAUGCUACAGAUGGAGACGAGAGCGGAUGUUUUAUAAAUCAGGUGCCAAUCUGCCAGUUAUUCCAUAUUACCCACCCCUUUACGCAGACGUAGGAGGGACGGGGACUUUACAGCAUGUGUAUAAUUAUGAGGUCUGCAGAACGACUGACUCCAGAAAGAGUGAUCUAAAGCACAUCAGACCAACUCAUAGCAUUAUUAGUCUUGAUACCAGUGGAACACAGACUCUCACACAUGCGCAGAGGGAGAAACUGAUACACGACGAUUUUAAUGAUCAGGUGAGACUUUGUAUUAUUAUUAUUAUUAUUAUUAUUAUUAUUAUUAUUAUUAUUAUAUUGGUUGGGUGCUGAGUUUAAGAUUUGAGAGUCGCUGAAUGUGCAUACCAGACGCUAUAUGUCUCUGUCCGUGGUGCUGAAAUUUCAACUCAGGUCUUCGUUCUAAGAGCAGUUUUCUCAUGUACUGUAUUCUGAACCAUGUUGUGUAUCAUAUGUAACAACGGCAAUAAUGGCGCAUUAAACAAUAUAUUUUCUAUCAACAUAAUUAGUGCUAAAAUGACGUAAACUAGAAGACAGAUUUGAUGUCAUAAAUAUAUUACUUUGUUAGUUAUGCACACAUUUGUACCGCUUACAUUCAGUGCUAUUUUCUAUAUGACAGUUCAGUUGUUUGGUGCGUAAACAUUCAUUAUCUUACACGUUAAAAUGAAAGACACUUUUUUAGUUCACAUAUUUGUCUCCCAGAUCUUACGUAUAUUUUAGACCUUUCCUUUGCUUUGCGUUAUUUCUUUCUUAUUGAUGGCAGUCAUUCUCUCUCAUGCAUUGCACUUUUCAUGUUUGUGUAGUUCUUCAAUUUGGACUCACAGUGCCGCUGUUGGUCAGUGUGUUGGAGAAUGCAAGCCGGAUUUUGAGCAGAACC